CGUCUCUCCAGCGCGCGUGUGUGUGCGCCAAGGAGUGUUUAAAAGGACCGCUGUAGGAUCCUCCAGCAAACGCCAUGGGCAAGGAGAAAGUCCACAUCAACAUUCUCGUGAUUGGUCAUGUAGAUUCUGGGAAGUCCACCACCACCGGGCACCUGAUCUACAAAUGUGGCGGAAUCGACAAGAAAACCAUCCAGAAGUUUGAGAAGGAAGCAGCCGAGAUGGGCAAAGGUUCUUUCAAGUAUGCCUGGGUGUUGGACAAGUUGAAGGCUGAACGUGAAAGUGGCAUUACCAUUGACAUUUCUCUCUGGAAAUUUGAAACCAGCAAGUAUUAUAUCACCAUCAUUGAUGCCCCUGGGCAUCGAGACUUCAUUAAGAACAUGAUUACAGGUACUUCACAGGCUGACUGUGCUGUACUGGUUGUUGCUGCUGGAGUAGGUGAGUUUGAGGCUGGCAUAUCCAAGAAUGGCCAGACACAGGAACGGCCCUGCUGGCAUACACUCUGGGUGUGAAGCAACUCAUUGUUGGAGUAAAUAAGAUGGAUUCUACUGAACCACCAUACAGUCAAAAGAGAUACGAUGAGAUUGUCAAGGAAGUCACUACCUACAUCAAGAAAAUUGGUUACAACCCAGAUAAUGUGGCAUUUGU